GAAAGCCCAACGUGCCGUGUGCAGAUCCGCCGAUUAAGAAGAAGAGAAUAGCACUUGUUUGUUUCGUGACUCGUUUAUUUCGCUGUUUUCCGCCAAGAAAAUGGGUUAUUCUUUUAGAAAACCAAGUGCAGACGUUUUUCCUCUGACAAGGUUACGGUUUGGUGCCGAAAAGGAAAGUAUUUUCAACCGAAGGUCACCUAAUCUUCGCUGGAGUGAUUUUCAGGCGACUGGCUGAGAUACGGAAUCAAAAAGGAUGUGUGUGGAUAUGGCCCCCUUUCACUCCCAAUAUCCAUCGCCCCAUAUGUUCUCCGUGGCACGUGACAUGCGGGGGGUCAGUAUGAGUGAACGGCCUACACCAUUGUCUACCAUCGUCCUGCCAAGGAUGCCCCGUCCGAAAAAAGGCCUGGAAGCCGACUGGCCGGCGCGGAUGAGAAUGUUCCAGGUGUUUCACAAGGCCUUCCGCCACCUGAGGGCCGCGCUAUUCAAAAUCAUGAGUCGCUGCAUAGCUGCGGUGAAGGCCCUGCGGCCUGAGGCGUACCCACUGCCGAUCAUUAUGGACGCUGUGACGGAUGCUCCCAUAGAUACGGCUACUCUGGGAUUUGGAGUCCUUGAAGAUCACAUGGAGGAGUGUUGGGUGCAAGACCAGGGGUCCACUAUCCAUGGCUGGAUGUGGACCCCUCAGCUGGCUGGGCAGGGGGGCAGUAUGGUGUAUGCGCUGGAUGAGAAGACUUUGGGGGAAGAUGAGUGUGUGAGUUCCUCAGAUGAGGCUGCCUUCCCUGAGGGGUAUGAAGGAAGUGAGCAGGAUGUUGACCUGUCUGAGUGGCUGGAAUGGGACUCCUGUGAAGUCUCUUCUGAUGGGAGGAAUUUCCUGUUUGAGGAGGCCCAUGAAGCUGAUCCUGGGAAAUCCAGUGUGUCCUCGGAGGGGCCGGGCUGGGACAGUGAUUCAAGCUGGUCUGAUGACGACGAUGAUGAUGACGACAACAACUCUGAGAAUGCUCAGCUCUGGGAAUCCUUCUUCCGCACUGAUGACCCAUACAGUCUGCUCAGUUUCUCUUCUGUGGUAAAGUCUCAGGCCACUUGUCCGCCAGAGGGUUGCACUCCAAAAGUCAGAGGGAUGCAGGUGGAAGUUCUCAGUGAUGAAGAGGAAGAGCGGCGCCCUCUGCAGGAGGAGAUGCCCACUACGGGUCACAAGAAGGUGAGAUUCAGCGAGAAGGUAGAAGUGCGCCCUCUUGUGGCCUGGGCGUUUGCCAGCCGUGUUUCCCGUGAUGGAUCCUGCUGGCUGCAGAUGGCCAGAGACAGAGACCGGUUCCGGAGGAGGGUGGAGGCAGCCAGUGAUGUCAUUGGGCCUGUCCUGCUCCCCCAGCACAGAGCAGCAGUUUGGGAGAGGCUACAGAUGGUGUGAUAAGGAAUAAAGCUUGAAGUGGCAGGACACACAUCGCAACACACCUGUACAAAUACAGUAACAUCAUUAUCACAAUGUAUGGCGGCAUGCAAAAAUUUGGGCACUCCUGAGCAAAGUUUUAAUGUGGAGCUAAGCAAGUAAAACAUGACAUGAUUUCCAAAAGGCAUAACGUUAGUCAGCAUAUCUUAAAUAUUUAAAGCAAGAUUACUUUUUAAUUUUGUUUACUUUUGGUUCUGCUUCAAGACAACCAAAGCAAAAUGGCCUGAAGUGACACUUUGUGUUACUUGGUUCCAGAAUGCAUCAUGCUUUCUUGGAUAUUCACUUGCUAACAUCGGACGCUGAAUUUUGUGGUGAGGUAGCAAGAAAAGAUAUCUUUUGAUGACACUUCCAAGAAGCUGUCGCUGCACGUUAGAAGUGUGCCACCACUCCUGUGUAAUUCUCAGUAUUUAUAACGCUUUGAUUUGCAUCGCCCUCCUUUCAGGGCUUUGAGCAUAGGCUUAUUAAGGUCUGAGACCUUAGUGAAAGUUUUGAGAGCUGAAAUUUCUUGGGGUGCCCAAACUUUUGCAUACCUCCUGUAUUGCUUUCUUACACUACUAAGAUAGUAUCUGUUAGUUGUGAUUUAUUUUUUUUAUUAUACCUUUUCUGAAAUAAAGGCCCAGUUGAUGUA